GGUGUAGGGUGAGCAGGAAAGCACCAGAUUCUCUCAAGGGAGUCAAAACAGAUUUAUAGCUACAAAGGUCAACUUUAUUGAUUUCAGUUUCAUAUAUGACACAAAGGUAAUCUCCAGAAAAUGUGCUUUCUUGAAACACAGAGCGUAGAAUAAGCGUAUUCUCCUAUUUAAAUCGGUGCAAAGUCAUAUUGUCAUGGCUUGCGGGUCAGUGUUUAGGACCAGGCUGCUCCCUCCCAUCUGCCAUCACCGACUUGAGAAACAGGAAAUCAUUUGGCAUCAUAAUCAGUGCGCGGGCUUGAGACAGAAAUAGAGUGAGCAUGGAUUCAGGAGCAGCAAAGUGAAGUUUCAGGUGGACAAACAAACAGAGCACCUUACCCCCCCACCGAGCCCUCUAACCAAUGGCAACCUCAGUCCAAACACUUCCUCUGACCCGCGGCCCCAAAAAAACCUUCCGUAACCCGCUGCCCCUCUCAUCCCGUUGCGGCAUGGGAAGUGUAGGCAGUCUGGUGGAGAGGCCAGACUUGUCUCCGACUAAAGGUAGCCGGGCAGUGCCGCAGGUGAGACCAAAACAGACCAACAGCCUUCUGAAGAAAGGCUUCACCCAGAGAGAGCUACUCAACUACCUCAACAUCACCAGGAAAGAGCCUAAAGCAAGCGGUGACGGUAAGAAAGACGUUAUCCCUGGCCUCAGCUCUGCCACUGGCCGUGAUGAGGACAACCUAUACGCCAAGGUCUACCAUAAAGACGGCACCGAAAUAGAUUUGACUAAGAACUCGCUGCCAAAUGCGGGCAAGUAUGAAAAGGCUCGAUUAAGGUCUGCCUUCAAGCCUGUCACACCGAAGAAUUUCAGCUCCAUGCAAAACCUCUAUCCCUCUUCCAAGUCUGAGGAUGUGGACCACGGCCUUUCCAAUGGGCUGCACAGAUCCUACGCCCAUGUCCCCAAAGCUGUCUCAACCUCCUCCUCCUCUUCCUCACCCUCCCGUCAUGGAGCACCAACAUCCAGUGGCAACAAGGCCAUCUCCUCUGUGCGUGGGAUUAGCCAGGAGGAUGAUAAUCUGUCAGACUCAGGCCAUAACUCCAUGAACAGCCUGCCGCCAUACCGGCCUCCCUUCCGCCCACACCUGUCUCACAUCAGUGCAUCUAUGGGACACAUCAACACCAUCGGCUCCCUGGACCGCACCUCUCUGGGCCAGAAGGCUGUGGGGCCAGGAGGCGUGGCCAUAGGAGAGAUGGCGUGUCGGAGCAUGGCCACCCUGAGCCGUCUAACUCCAUAUGGAGGAGAGGCUCCACCCCCUUAUGAAUGGACCCUCUCCCUCUCCGUGGAGGAAGUGGUCCGUGAUCUAGAGGAGCGGCUGGUGGAGAAAGAGCACGAGCUCAAACAGAUGAAGAGAAACCUGGAUGAGAGUGAGGGCGCCAUCGUCCAGGUUUUCGAAGGGAAACAGCGUCUGUGGGAGAAGGAGGUGGAGGAGCUGAAACACCUGUAUGCUGCCAAGCUGCGUCAGGUUUCUCAGCAUGCCCAGCGCUCUCAGCGCACCUUGCAGUUGCAGCUGUUUAAGGCCCAGCAGGAGAAGAACCGACUGCAAGAGGAGCUCGACAGCCUGAACAGAGAAAGGAGCCAGGAGGCUGGAGCCAUGGUGAAGAGAACCAGUCCCACUCUGGAGGAGACGCAGUGGGAGGUUUGCCAGAAGUCAGGGGAGAUCUCCCUGUUGAAGCAGCAGCUGAGGGACUCCCAGGCGGAGGUGACCCAUAAGCUGAGUGAGAUCUUCCAGCUGAAGACGCAGCUCAGGGAGACGCGCACAGAUCUUCGCAACAAAGAGGGCCAGAUAGAGGCACUGAAGCUUGUCCUGCAGGGGACACAGCGUGGCAGGUGCUCCUCUCAGCCCGCACAUGAGGAUGGAAAAGGAGUAGAGGAGAAUCCGUCAGCUGGGGCAACAGGAGUCUGCGGGGGCCCCACAGAGGAGCGUCUGCGCGCAGAGCUCCUUCUGGAGCGACGCCAGAGCGAGGGCCAGGCCAUGGCUUUCGAAGACGAGAGGCAGACAUGGCAGACAGAAAAGGACAAGGUCAUCCGCUACCAGAAGGAGCUGCAGGCCAGCUACUUAGAGAUGUACUACCGUAAUGAAGCGCUGGAGAAGGAACUGCACCAGCUGAGGGCAGGCAAAGAGCAGGCAGGAGGGAGCAGAAAUGGGACACUGGAAAGAGAAGUGCCAGAGCUGAGGAGUGAGAGAGAGGCUGCAAAACAAGAUGACAGACCUUCCUCUGGUUUGCCGUGGAUAGACCGAAUUGAAUCAUCUGAAAUUUGAAUGUGACAGACCAGUAUUUACAAUGCAAACUGUUUUCUCCCUGACGUGUGGUUUCUACAGGAGUCCAUGUGCCUGCCAGGAAAAGGAUAAUAAUAGAGUUAACAAAAUGAUGAGAAAGUAAAACUUUUUAACUCACCAAUACAUUUUGAAAGGCAUCUUUAUAUUACAAGAUUCCAAGUUUGUAAAGGACUAAUUUAAGUUUAAAUGCUUUAUUAAAAUCAUUUCUUUACCAAAAUGAGGCGGGCAAAGCUCAAAUUCCUGAUCUUUAUAUUUAAAGGUUUUUCAAAAUGAUUACACAUGUAGUCAGGGCUAAUAUAAUAAUAUUUUAAAGGUCUGACUUAAUGUCCAAUCUUUUUGACUUUGAUGAUUAUUUUAAAUGUAAUCAUACAUUUAUUUUUAUAUACUCUUCUUCUCCUGGUAAAAAUCGGCUUCCAUAGUUUCCUGUCUGUUUGCCAUUCUAUGCUCUAUUAAUCCUUGUUGAUUUUAACAAAGCCCAAAGACUGAACCAAUAAUCUCCAACAGAAGACACUAAUGCCGAUGGUCGCUGCACAUAAAUAUUAGAACCUGUCCUAGCAGACGAUUUGUGUCAAUUUUGUAAAAAAAAAACACUGCCUGCUAUCCAACCACAAACCUGUAAAUGAGCAAAUUGGUAUCCUGUUUUUAUGUUCAUUUGGAAAUUUAGUUUGGGCUGGUAACAUUUCAUCAGCACACGUUAGGUGUGUGCAGAAAGUGGAUUCGCCUGGGCUCUGUGAGAAAAGCUGCAUCAGUGGGUUAAGCAUCAAGGACUUAAGUGAUCUAGUGCCAAGGUACUAAUGCUACGUCUUUGCCUUCAACAUAACCGUGCAUUAUACUGAAGAAACUGGAAACUUUUUCUCAUUCACCUUUCAGCUCCUGUCAGGUGAGUUCUAUAUAUUUUGUACAUAAUGCAAUUUGUUUUGGCCUUUUGUCAUUGUAUUUCAACACUGUUGUCUUAAAAUGGGCACAUUUUCAUAUUGUCUUUUGAUUGCAAUGGAAGCGAUCAACAGGAUGCUGAACAUGACUGCCCUGCUUACUGGUGCGAUCUGUUGCACAUCCCCAGCCAAUAACAAUAAAAUGCAUGACACAGGUGAAGUGGUUCUCUUGUAUUGUUUAUUUUUCACUUAUGAACAUUCAAAAGCCAGCUGUCAACCGAUCUUUCAACAUACUGUGACUCUUGUCUAUUUACUGGAAUUAAAACUGUACAGUAUAAAUGUAUAUGUUUGUUUUUGGAUUCAUAAUAAACAUUUAUGAAGUGUGAAA